GCGGAUCUCAUAUGACCAACAUUUCAAAUGGAGGACUCAUCUCUGCAGCUGCUGCUGGUUCUGACUUCACUGCUGAGCUGCACAACAAGCCAAGCCUCUCUGACUGUGAGUCCCAGCAGCUCUCAGAUGUUUAGAGGACAGGAUGUCUCUCUGAGCUGUGAGGAGGACGACAGCUCUGCUGGAUGGACUCUGAGGGGGAACACAACCAGAGACACCAGAGCUGAGUGUAAAGACUGGAGAGGAAAACCUGCUGGUUCUUCCUGUAACAUCAGCUACAUGAUCCCAGGGGACAGUGGAGUUUACUGGUGUGAGUCCAGGGAGGGAGCAACCAGUAACAGCAUCAACAUCACUGUCACUGAUGGACCAGUGAUCCUGCAGAGUCCUGUCCUCCCUGUGACGGAGGGAGAAGACCUCACUCUGCACUGUAAAACAAAGACGUCCUCCAACCGCUCAACUGAUUUCUAUAAAGAUGGCUCCUUCAUCAGGACUGAGGCUGCAGGUCACAUGACCAUCCACCAUGUUUCCAGGUCUGAUGAAGGCCUCUACAAGUGUCACAUCAGCAUUGAUGGAGAGUCUCCACCCAGCUGGGUCUCUGUCACAGAGAAACCCACGACUACAAGUCCUCCUCCAACCUCCACCACCUCUGGCUCCUCUCCUCCUCCCCCCUGGUUGUGGUCCAUUUCAGUCGGUGUCCUGGUUCUCCUGGUUCUCCUGGUUCUCCUGGUUCUACGAUGCAUCCGUAGGAACCCUAAAGCUGAAGUAGAAGCUGGAGAUGAUGACGUCACAUACAGUGAUGUCACCAUAUCACGUAACCUGCAGCAGCCAAUCAGACGGAGCAGAGAGAGUGAUCCUGCUGCAAUCUACUCCAGAGUGAGAACAGAAGACGUCUGUUACGGACAAAUAGUGAUCAAAGACAAGAAAUCAAACAGGAAGAGAGAGAGUGAUCCUGUGGCAAUCUACUCCGGAGUGAGAACAGAAGACGUCUGUUACGGACAAAUAGUGAUCAAAGACAAGAAAAGAAACAGGAAGAGAGAGAGUGAUCCUGCUGCAAUCUACUCCGGAGUGAGAACAAUCGUCAGUUAUGGACAAAUAGUGAUCAAAGACAAGAAAAGAAACAGGAAGAGAGAGAGAGAUCCAGCUGCAGUCUCCUCAGCAGUGAGAGGAGCUGAAGACGUCAGUUAUGGACAAAUAGUGAUCAAAUCAAACAGGACCAGAGAUCCUCCAGCAGACCCAGAGGUCCUCUACUCCUCACUGAGGAAGACCUGAACACCAUCACACCAGUCCAACCAGUGGAGUCCAGCCGGCCAAUCACUGGUCCCCAGAGAUCCUCACAUCUACAUCUGUAUAGCCCCGGCGUAUUUGUCGGAGAUUUUAAACCUUUGCGAGCACAAAAGGUCAGUCCGGUCAUCCAAUCAACUGGCUUUAGAAGUCCCAAGGACGAGGUACAAACUGUGGGGGGGGGGUCGCUCUUUUGCUGUUGCUGCCUCGAGACUUUGGAACAAGUUACCACCUGAAAUUUACACCAUUACAGACGUCGCACUUUUGAAAUCCAAAAUUAAACUUCUUUAUUUAGAAUGGCUUUUAAUGCACAGUAGUGUUGCAGCAUUUUCACUUUCUUUCUCCUGUUUUUAUGCAACAGUUUCAGAUGUUAUUGUAUUCUAUGUUUGACUCUUUUUAUUGUAUGUUAUGUUGUUUUAUUCUUGGUCCUUCGAGCACUUUGGAUACCUGUUGGUUGCUGUGAAGCACUAUGAAUAAAUGUUGAUUGAUGUUAAGGUUAAAUGAGAUUAAUGCAGCUACAAAAAGACAAAUAACUCACAUUUCAAGCAUGUUUACAUUCUUUAGAUGUGUUUCGUUCAAACAAAUGCUUCUUAUUUAAGUCAUAGAUCAGAGAUUCUUUUAACUGUUUUCAUACAUUUCACAACAACUAACAAAUAUCUACUGAACAGAGUCUAAUGAUAACAACUAUUUACUGAUAUUGAUAUAUUGUAUUUAUGAGCUUGUUUCUGUGCAGGAUCAAUAAACUCUGGUGUCACCGGUU